AUGGCUGACGUCGUCGCACCCGCCGCAUCCGAUGCGAAAGUGGUCGAGCCCACUGUUGAGUCCCCUGAAAAGGCAGCCGCCCCAGCAGCCGAGUCAACUGAGACUACUGCCCCUUCUGACACAACCAAGGUGGCUGAGCCAGAAAAGUCGGCAGAGACAGCAGAGAAGGGCGCCGAGCCGGUGGCUGCUCCCACAGAAACAUUGGAAAAGCCUGCGGAGCCGGUAGCAGCAGGAGCACCGGCAACCACCGAAAAGGCGACCGAGGAGAAGCCCGAAGCCUCCGCAGCUCAGGAGACUACUGCGACUCCACUGCAGCAACUGUGGGCCACGGCAAAGACGAAUGGCCAUCCCGAGAUCUGGGGCGUCACGCUGGCCGACCCCGACACGCAUGUUCCGUCCCAGAUUGUCUUUCAAAAGUUCCUCAACGCCAAUGAUGGAGAUCUCACCAAGGCCAAGGACCAGUUGACCAAGACUCUGGAAUGGCGCGCCAAGUCGAAGCCCUUGGACUCUCUGACCAAGAAGUUUAGCAAGGAAAAGUUUGAGGGCCUCGGCUACGUUACUUCCUAUGGUGGCGAAACUCCAGAGACCAAGGAGGUCUUUACCUGGAACAUUUACGGCAUUGUAAAGUCCAUGGAGGCCACAUUCGGCAAUGUUGACGAGUUCAUCGCAUGGCGAGCAGCCUUGAUGGAGUUGGCUCUUCAGGAGCUGUCACUCUCUACUGCCACCAAGCCCAUUACCGCCACCGAGGAUCCCUACAAGAUCUUCCAGGUACACGACUACUUGUCCAUCAGCUUCUUCCGCCAGAACCCUGCCGUCAAGGCAGCCUCGAAAGAGACCAUUCGGAUCUUUGCUUUGACUUACCCAGAGUUGCUCAAGGAAAAGUUCUUUGUCAACGUUCCUGCCAUCAUGGGUUUCAUAUACGGCGCCAUGAAGCUAUUUGUAGCUCCCAAGACCAUAAAAAAGUUCCAUCCUAUGAGCAAUGGAGGUGCACUGGCCCUCGAGUUCCCUGACAGCAAGGUUGAAAACCUGGGCGAGAAAUUGCCAAAGGCGUACGGUGGAAAGGGCGAAGAUCUCCAGGCUCAAGGCAAGGCUACCCAAUUGGAAUGA